UUCACUUCCGGGGUUACUCUGGGUCCGCUGGUUCCGUAACAACAUCCCGUUGGCUUCCUUCAGGCGGCGGGAGAAGUGCAGCCGCCGCCUCCCGGGAGCGCUCGCUCGCCCGCGCCCUCUCCGGCCCAGGCUGUCAUGGCUACCAACCCGCAGCCGCAGCCUCCUCCUCCGGCGCCGCCGCCUCCCCCUCCGCAGCCGCAGCCACCGCCGCCGCCUCCGGGCCCCGGGGCUGGCCCGGGCGCGGGCGGGGCAGGCGGCGCGGGAGCCAGCGCCGGGGACCCGCAGCUCGUGGCCAUGAUCGUGAACCACCUCAAGAGCCAGGGGCUCUUCGACCAGUUCCGUAGGGACUGCCUAGCCGACGUGGACACCAAGCCUGCCUAUCAAAAUCUGAGACAACGUGUUGACAACUUUGUUGCGAACCACUUAGCAACUCAUACAUGGAGUCCACAUCUCAAUAAGAACCAGUUAAGAAACAAUAUUAGACAACAAGUCCUCAAGUCAGGAAUGUUGGAGUCUGGUAUUGAUCGAAUUAUUUCUCAGGUUGUGGAUCCAAAGAUCAACCACACAUUCAGACCUCAGGUGGAGAAGGCUGUGCAUGAAUUUUUGGCCACACUAAAUCACAAAGAAGAAGCAAGUGGCAGCACAACUCCCGAUGCUGAGAAACCUGACUCUUCCCUCAUUACACCAGGUAUCCCUGCUCCUGGGCCCAGUGCUAAUGUUGCUAAUGAUGCCAUGUCAAUCUUGGAAACUAUAACUUCUCUUAACCAAGAAGCCAGUGCUGCCAGAGCUUCAACAGAAACAUCAAAUGCCAAGACCAGUGAGCGAGUAUCAAAAAAACUCCCAUCUCAACCAAGCACUGAUGCUAGUACUGAAAAAGAGAGAACUUCAGAAGACAUGGCUGAUAAAGAAAAAUCUGUACCUGACUCUGUAGGAGAAGGACUGGAAACAGCCCCUAAAUCCGAAGAAUCCAGUGACCUCUCUUGUCCAGUUGAAGAAACUAAAAAUCACACAAAAGAGAAUACUGGUUUAAUUCUGCUAAAUAAGGAAGUUCAACAAGAAAACAGUGACCAAAAAAAUAAACCAACAGACAAAGCAGAAAAGAAACCAGACAGCAAUGAAAAAGGAGAAAGAAAGAAAGAAAAGAAAGAAAAGAUUGAAAAGAAAAUUGACCACUCAAAAAGGAGUGAAGAUGUACAAAAAGUAAAAGAUGAAAAACAAGCAAAGGAAAAAGAAGAGAGUGCAAAACUUCUUUCAGAAAAGAACAGUAAUAAAACUAAAACCAUUGAAGGGACGAAAGAAGAUUCCUCUUUGAUAGAUUCUGAUGUGGAUGGACUCACAGACAUCACAGUUAGCUCUGUCCAUACCAGUGACCUUUCAUCUUUUGAAGAAGAUACCGAGGAGGAAGUUGUAAUGUCUGAUAGCACAGAAGAAGGAGAGAUUACAUCAGAUGAUGAAGAGAACAAGCAGAAUAAAACAAAAACCCCAACCAGUGAUCCUAGUGAAGGAAAAGCAAAGAGUGUACGGCAUGCUUAUGUCCACAAACCAUUUCUUUAUUCCAAGUACUAUAGUGAUUCUGAUGAUGAACUUACUGUAGAACAACGGCGACAGUCUAUUGCUAAAGCAAAAGAGGAAAGGCUUUUAAGAAGGCAAAUUAAUAGAGAGAAACUUGAAGAAAAGCGAAAACAGAAAGCAGAAAAGACAAAAUCUUCAAAACCCAAGAGUCAAGGCAAAAAUAGUAUGGACUUAGAAGAAUCAUCUGCAAAGAGCUUAGAACAUAAAGCCCCCAGAAUUAAAGAAGUCCUUAAAGAACGGAAAGUUUUAGAGAAAAAAGUCGCCUUAAGCAGAAAAAGAAAAAAAGAUUCAAGGAAUGUUGAAGAGAAUUCUAAAAAGAAACAGCAACCUGAAGAAGAUUCCAAAGAAACUCCUAAAACAAGUGAGCAUUGUGAAAAGGAGAAGGUGUCUUCUUCAAAGGAACUGAAACAUGUUCAUGCAAAAAGUGAGCCAAGUAAACUUGCCCGGAGACUUUCAGAGUCCUUGCAUUCAGUUGAUGAAAACAAGAGUGAAUCAAAAAUAGAAAGAGAACAUAAAAGAAGGACAUCUACCCCUGUGGUGGUGGAAGGAACACAGGAAGAGACUGACACGAGAGAUGGAAAAAGGCAAGUGGAACGCUCAGAAGUUGGUACAGAGGAAUCACAGAAACAGAAGAAUAUGCUUAAAAAUGAAAAGCAUCUAAAGAAAGAUGAAUCUGAAAUAUCACAUUUGAAAAUCCUACCUAAGAAAGAGGUGAAAUCUUCCAAGGAGAAGCCUGAAAAAGAGAAAACUCUGUCGGAAGACAAAUUGUCUACAAAACAUAAAUCUAAAGGUGACAGUAUCCAUAAAACAGGUGAUGAAACUGAGCUUCACCCUUCUGAGAAAAGUGUAAAAGCAGAUGAAAAUACUCAAAAGCAAAGUCAACAAACAAAGCUUUCUUCAGAUGAUAAAGCUGAUCGUAAAAGUAAACAUAGGAAUGAAAGGAAAUUAUCAAUUUUAGGCAAAGAUGGAAAACCAGUUUCUGAAUAUAUUAUAAAAACAGAUGAAAAUGCUCGUAAAGAAAACAACAAAAAAGAAAGACACAUGUCAGUCGAAAAACCUAAAGCAGAGUACAAAUCAAGAAGAUCAAGUGAUUCUAAAAUUCAGAAAGAUUCUCUGAGUUCCAAACAAUAUGGUAUCACAUUACAGAGAAGAAGUGAAAGUUAUUCAGAAGAUAGGUGUGAUAUGGACUCAACUAAUGAUAGUAAUUUAAAACCGGAAGAGGGUAUCCACAAGGAGAAGCGAAGAACAAAGAGUUUAUUAGAAGAGAAACUUGUGCUAAAGUCUAAAUCAAAAAGUCAGGUCAAACAGUUAAAAGUGGUUGAAACAGAAUUACAGGAAAGUGUCACAAAACAGGCAGUCACUCCAAAAUCUGAUAAGGAGAAGAACGUGGAAGAAAGUGACUCAGAUAAACAGCGAAAGUCUAAACUUGAAGACAAACCUGUUGAAGAAACUGGUGUUGAACCUGUGUUAGAGAACACUUCUUCUUCAGCACAUAAUGCACAGAAAGAGUCUAGUCAUAGAGCUAAGUUAUUUUUAGCAAAGGAGAAGUAUAAGGGUGAUAAAGAUUCCAGUUCCUCCAGACUUGAAAGGAAGUUAUCAGAUGGGCACAAAAGCAGAAGCUUAAAGCAUAGUAGCAAGGACGUGAAAAAGAAGGAAGAAAAUAAAUCAGACGACAAGGAUGGUAAAGACAUUGACAGCAAUCAUGAAAAGGCCAAGGGGAAUAGUUUAGUCAUGGAAAAGAAAUUAAGUAGGAGGUUGUGUGAAAAUCGAAGAGGAAGCUUAUCACAGGAGAUGACCAAAGGAGAAGAAAAAUUAGCAGCCAACACUUUGGACUCUCCCAGCAUUUCCUCCCUUCAAAGACCAAAAAAAAGUGGCGAUACCUCAAUGAUUCCUGAACAAGAGCCAAUGGAAAUGGAUUCUGAGCCAGCCAUUGAAAAUGUAUCUGAUGUAUCUAAAACCCAAGACAGCAGCAAUAGUAGUUCUCAGCGAGAUAUUGACUCUGGAAAUUUUACAAAACAAAGAACUUCUACAGUUCUAAAGGAUGAAUUAAGGACUUCCACAGUAGAUUCAAGAACAGUAGUUCCAACCUGUAAAACAGGACGUGGUACAGUUGGUAAUUCUGAAAAACAUACUGACCAUAAAAGCACCUUGAGCAAGAAAGCUCAUAUCCAAAGUGCUGGGCCCAAACCAAAUCCUGGGGAGAAAGAAUCCAUUCAACCAGGAACUCAAGAAAUGAAUGUAGACUCUGAAACUUGCCAUAGAAUGUUACCUAGUGCCUCAUCAGAAAAUGAUAGAAUACAAAAGAAUUUGAAAAACACACCCAAACCCACUGAAGAACAUGUUGCUCAUGGAGACGUUGCUCUUAAACAUUCCACAGAUUUAGACCCCUCACUGUCCUUAAGUUCAGUGACUUUUGGGCCUCAGAAAGAAUCUCAUGAUUCAGGUGUAGUUGCUUUAGUUGGCAAAGGAACUGGUUUAGAAGGUGGCAUAGCCAGCACCUCACUGGUGGAUCACUCUGAUGUCACUAAUCAAAGUUUGAUUGUUGGAGAAUUGGAAGUCCCUAGAACAAGUGACCACAAAAAAGAAGGUGAACAUUCUACAGUAGAUGCACCAACAAAACCAAGCACGGAUAGUAUAAAAUACAUUCCAGAAGGUUAUCAGGCCACUUUAUCACACAGUAAAGAAAAAGUAAACAUACCUCAUGGUAGCGAGUCAACGGACGUGGUUGUAGACAAUGAGAAUAUUGACAAAAAAGUUGGCUCCGUGAACACAGCCAAGAAAGAAAAUGAUUUAAGUACAGAGCACAGUUUAAAGCAAAAAAAUAGAGCCACAGUCGAUGAUGGCAAAAAGGAUGGCGUUGCUGUUGAUCAUGUGGUAGGCAUAAGUACAGAAAAAGAUGCUGAAACUGUUGAACUUACAGAAAAAAUAAACAUAAGUAGAAGCCCACAUGAAAUUGAAAAUGUGUCGCUUGAUGUUGAAGGAAGGAAUGAAAACAGUGAGGUUGACACCAGCGCCAGGGGUGAUGAUGCAUCCUCUGUUUUAUACCGAAAGAAUGAAAAACCUGAGAAUGUGACGGCUGGGUCUGACAGAGCAGGAAAGACUUGCAUUGCCACUAGUACCGAAGGGAAGGACAAAGCUGAUACCUUAAACUCAGUGAAGGCAGGCGAUUCCAUAACUACUUCUUCAGAAACAGGAGAGGGUGAGGUGGCUUUGCCUUGCACAAGCAUUGAGGCAGAUGAAGGCUUCAUUACAGGUGCAUGCUCCAGAAAUAAUCCACUUCAUGUUGGGGCAGAAGCCAGUGAAUGCACUGUUUUUGCUGCAGCUGAAGAGAGUGGGGGUGUUGUCACAGAAGGAUUUGCCGAAAGUGAAACUGUCCUUACAAGCACCAAGGAAGGAGAAAGUGGAGAGUGUAUCACAGCUGAAUCUGAAGGAAGAACAACAGAUCCAGUGACUGUUUACACAGUUAAAAUUGAGGACAAUGUGAAUAGUGUUGGGACAGAAGAAAAAGAUGAUGCUGUAACCAGUGCAGGCUCUGAAGAGAAAUGUGACGGUUCUUCUGGUAGAGACUCAGAAAUAUUUGAAGGAACUGUUACUUUUAUUAGUGAAGUUGAAAGUGAUGGGGCGGUAACAAGUGCCGGAACAGAAAUAAGAGAUGGAUCCUUAAGCAGUGAAGAGGUAGAUGAAUUCCAGAGAAAUAUGACAAGAAUGGCUCCCAAAAAAGAAACUGAGGGUACUGUGACAUGUACAGGAGCAGAAGGAAGAAGCGAUAACUUUGUUAUCUGCUCGGUAACUGGUGCAGAGCCACAGGAGGAGCGCAUGGUUACAGGUGCAGAUAUGGUGCUGGUAGAUAAUGACACACCGCCAGGAACAAGUGCCAACCAAGAAGGAGAUGGUUCUGUUAAUGAUGGUACAGAAGGUGAGAGUGCAGUUACCAGCACAGGGAUAAUGGAAGAAGAUGGAGAGGGGCCAGCAAGUUGCACAGGUUCAGAAGAUGGCAGCGAAGGCUUUGCCAUAAGUUCUGAAUCUGAAGAAAGUGGAGAGAGUGCAAUGGACAGCACAGUAGCCAAAGAUGUCAUUAAUGUACCAUUAGUUGCGGCUGGUCCUUGUGAUGAUGAAGGCAUUGUGACCAGCACAGGUGCAAAAGAAGAGGAUGAUGAAGGUGAGGGUGUCGUGACUAGCACUGGAAGAGGAAAUGAAAUUGGGCAUGCUUCAACUUGCACAGGGAGAGAAGAAGAAAGUGAAGGAGCACUGAUUUGUGAAAGUGCAGAAGAAGGGGACAGUCAGAUUGGUACUGCAGUAGAGCAUGUGGAAGCUGAGGCAGGAACGGCCCUCCUAAAUGUACAUGAAAAUAAUGUAGAUAGCCUAAGUGGUGCCAAGAAUGCAACAAAAGAUACAGAAAUCUGCUCAAGUGCCAAAGGCAUUGUAGAAAGCAGCGUGACCAGUGCAGUGUCAGGAAAGGACAAAGUGGCACCAGUUCCUGAAGGAUGUGAGGGUCCCAUGACUAGUGCAGCUUCAGAUCAGAGUGACAGGAAAGAAAAAGUUGAAGAUACCAGGAUUUCCACUGGCAUGGUGGGAGGCAGUUGUGAGAUUCUUGUAUCUGGUGCAAUCCCCAAAUGUGAAGUUGAUCACACAUCACCAAGCGAUAAAGAUGAGGUGAUCAUCACCUCUGUAGAAAAUGAAGAGUGUGAUGGGCUCAUGGCUAGUACAGCCAGUGAUGAUAUUACUGACCAGAAUAGUUCAGCCGGAGGGAGAAGUAAAGGUAAAGGCUCAGUGAUUUCCACCAGUACGACAGAUGAUUACACCACUCCAUUAAACAUGACUGUAGACAUGGAAGGUCAUUCAAGUGCUCUGAGAACUGAGGAAAAUAUGGAAGGCACUGGAGUAAACCUGGAAGAAUUUGAGGCCCCCAUGCCCAGUGCAGUUUCAGGAGAUGAAAGCCAACUCACUGCUACUAGAAAUGAAGAAAAAGAUGAGUGCGCCAUGAUUUCCACAAGCAUAGGGGAAGAGUUUGAAGUGCCUAUUUCCAGUGCAGCAGCCAUCAAAUGUGCUGAGGGCCAGCGGCCAGUUGCAGUAGUUGAAGAAAGCGUGAAAGGUGCGAUCUUGGUAAGCACUGGCAACUUUGAGGUGCCUAUGCCCAGCGCACCCACGGAUGUUGAAAGUCCUCUUGCCUCAACCAGCAAAGAAGAGAAAGAUGAAUGCGCCCUCAUUUCCACAAGCAUAGCAGAAGAAUGUGAGGCUUCUGUUUCUGGUGUAGUUGUGGAAAGUGGAAAUGAGCGGUCUCAUAUAGCCAUGGAAGAAAAGGAUGGGAGUGCUCUCAUCACCACAAGCUCAGUAGAAGACUGCGAAGGCCCAGUGUCCAGUGCAGUACCUGAGGAGAAAGUCCAUCACUCCGUCACACCAGAAGAGAUAAGUGACACCGCCAUGAUUUCCACAAGCACUUCCGAAGGGUGUGAGGCAGCCAUGGUUAAUGCUGUUGCACAGGAUGAAGAUCAGGUCACUCACGCAAGAACAGAGGACUUGAGUGAUGCUGCCGUCAUCUCCACCAGCACAGCAGAAUGCAUGUUGAUUGUCGCCAGCCCAGAUAAACACAAGGCCAGUCGGCUGACCACCAACAACCCUGAAGGAAACAAUGAUGUGUCAGCAGCAGUAGCUGCAAAGGUGAGCAAGUGUGGCAUCCCCAUGCCUGGCCUACUUGCUGAGAAUAACUGUCAGCGUCCCGGGCCAUUCACAGGAGGAAAAGCAGUGGGUCCCACAAUCACUGAAAGCACCAAGGAAGAGCACAAGAGUGCACAAGGCCACAUGCUGUCUGCAGGCAGCAGCCAACCAAGUGCCAGGUGUGCAGAAGAGACAGACAGACCUGGAAAGGACUGUUCUGGCAAGGCACUGUGUGCAGAAGGAGGACGAAAUCAGAGUGUUUUGAGCCUCAUUAAUACAGAAGAGAGUGGAUUGUUGAGCUCUGUUCAGAGGGAAGAUAAAAGCCUUGAGGCAGGGACAACAGGAAGUUGUUCCCCAGGGAGGGGCUUAGAGAUAAGCACUAACUCACCCAUCAGUCAGAGAAGGCCAGAAGAAACAUCUGGGCAGAUGACUGAGGUCCCCUCUGUCAGUAUUAGCUGCUCGGCAGCAGUAAAUAGCGGUGCUGCAAAAGCUGGUGACAUGCCAGAUGCCAAAGAUGCUGCUUCAAAGCAUUCGUCUCUUCUUCCUGAACAACAGAGGUCUACAGACAACUUGAAAACUACCACAACUGAAUGUAUUAAUGGCCAAGAGUCAGAAAUUCCUUCUAACAUUACACUCCUUCCAGCUGCCAAUGACAUGCUUCUUAAAGCUGCUAAAUGUGAGCAGGACUUGGCCAUAAAGAGUGGUCAGGGUGGCAAAGGGGCUGUUAAAGCUACAGCUGAAAAAGUAGGAGAUAGUGACAUGACAAAACCACUCCAGGAAGAAGGGGACUGUGAGGUCACUGUUUCUUCUGAAGAAAAUUUGCACAACAUAGGCAAUGAAGAGUCUCCACCAAAUGUUUUGGGAGAAUUGGAACCGAAAGCCAACUUGAAAACUGAGACAUUUGUGUCUUCCGAGGAAGAGAAAAAUCAUGAAAUUCUAGCACCAACAGAAAGUCCCUGUUGUGGAAAAUUGAGUGGAAUAGUUGAACUACAGAAGGAUCCUUCUUUGGUGAAUGAAUCACUAAAUGUCAAAAAUUUGGGCUCAAGAAUAAGCAAAUCUUCUGACAAAGAAGAGAUUUCCAGUAGUAAAAAAGAUAACAGAGAAGCUGUAAGAAGCCACAGUGUUGAAGCAAAUCCUAAAGAGGUUGAAAUUUCAGUUCAAGAAGAAGAAAGGCAUAUGCCUAAAAGGAAAAAAAGGAAGCAUCACCCCUCUUCAGAAGAUGAACUGGAUGAUAAUCCAGAUGCCCUGGAUUCCAGAACAGGAACAGCACAGAGGCAGUGGCCAGAAGCAGAGACACAAGAUACAAAGGAAGAGAGCUCUGGAGAUUUGGAGGAGCUAUCAAAAACGAGUUCUAAAACAAACAGCAGUGUUUCUAAGGCCAUGGAAGAAAAAGAUGAAUAUAGCAGCAGUGAAGCUACUGGCGAAAAGACAGAGCAAAAUGAAGAUGACAGCACAAAGUCUCAGGAGGAAGACCAGCCCAUAAUUAUUAAAAGGAAAAGAGGAAGGCCUCGUAAAUACCCCAUAGAAACAUUAUUAAAAGCAAAAGAGGACUCCAAAACAGAUACUGGCGCUGCCACUGUAAGUAAGUCUCCACUUAGCAGCAAACUGAAAGUUACACAAACAGAUGAGUCCACUAAAGAAACAGCUAACCUACAAGAAAGAAGCAUAAGCAAUGACGAUGGUGAAGAAAAGUCAGUAACAAACGUGCGUCGGAGAGGAAGAAAGCCCAAGCGUUCACUCAAUCUGUCAGAUGAUGCCGAGUCCUCAGAGUCAGAAAGAAAACGUCAGAAAUCAAUUUCUGAUGCAACUGAGGACAAGAAGGACCAGGAGUCUGAGGAGGAAGAGGAGGAGGAGGAAGAGGAGGAGCCCUCAGGAGCAACCACAAGAUCCUCCACCAGAUCAGAGGCCCAGAGAAAACAGCAUAGCGAGCCACCUGCACGUGCAACAUCCAAACUUGGCAGCCCAGAAACAGUUUCUCCUAGAAAUCGCCAAAAAUUAGCAAAAGAGAAGUUGUCCACCAGCGAAAAAGUUAGUAAAUCUCCCCCAUUAGGAAGAUCAAAGACACAGCUCUCCCCAUCUACCAAGCGCAAGAGAGAAGCCAGCCCUCCUGGGGCACGAACAAGAGGCCAGCAGCGAGUGGAGGAAGCCCCUACGAAGAAGGCGAAGCGGUAAUCCUGACACUGAUGAAUCCGGCUUGUCAGAGAGGAGCCUCGGUGGCCAUAGGCCUUUGUUUUGUUUUGUUUUGUUUUGUUUUGUUUUGUUUUUAAACCAGGAAAAGAGUAUGCAUGUGUUGUAAGUUCUUAGGUGCAAGCUUUUUCUUGUUAUGUUUUAAACAGCUUUAUAAACGAUUGUUCAUAGAAGAUAUUAUGUACAUUUAUUUCAGAUAAAAGAAAAUAAGUUUACUUUGUAUCUGAACUCAAAACAAAGUAGUUGUAUAUUUUAACAUUCAAAAUUGGGAUUUCCCAAUGUGGCACAUCACUAAUGCAAACCCUUCCAGUCCAUCAGACACCAACCAGGCUGCCUUCUGGUAAUCUGUGUACAGUAUAUAAACAUGUAAAAAUAGGUUGUAUUUUACUCUAUGUAUGAUGCUAAUCAAUGAACACUUUAUUUAUUUUACAGAGAAAACUUAUCUGUGAACUUUACUAUAUAUCUGUUUAUUUUAUUUUAUUAUUUUUUUUUAAUAAAAAAAGGUUUUAAAUGCUAUGCAGUCAGGAGUAGAACAUUUUUGAGGACUCUGCCUGCCCUAUAACUAUCUGACUAUAAUCUGGCAGGAAAUACAGAAUCCUCUCGCAUGUAUCCUAGUAAAGUAGUUUAGCUAAAGAAAGGUCUCCAUUGCUUUUCUGGUCAUAAUUGUGACUCUUUUUUAAGAAUGUAACUGUUUUUAGAUUGUAAUCACAUCUGUGACUUUGCUACCAGCCCCACUGGCGUAAGUGGUUUUGGUUCAGGUAAAGUCCCCUCCCGACACCUGCCGCAGAAACCCCCGGUCCUCCGCGCUCUUCCGAGGCUUCUACCAAUAUUCUUUCCUUGUUAUCUUUUUCAGUGAUGAGAAAUGCAUUGAAGAAUAGGUCACUCCUAUGUGUUGAGCUUAAGGAUUUUAUGUUGUUUUAUACACAAUUAUUUCAUGAUAGAAACUGGCUUUAUUGCCAGAUUCUUUUUUAAACAUGUUUUAACUCCCAUAUGAGCAAACUGUCCAACUUAAGUUUUUCAUAAGAUUAAACUUUUCUUGAGAUCAAAUUUGUCUCAAUAAUGUGAUGAGUUGCCAAAUAAUUGAGAUUGUUUUAAAAUAUUUUGUUCUUAUUCUUGUUUUAUAAUUGAAAUUUACAUUAAAUGUGUGUGAUUUUU